CACCAAUCAUGUGAAACAGGUUUAAGAAAUAAAAGUGUUUCCGUGUCCAAAAAGCUUGUCAACAGUAAAAGCAGUUGUGUAGGUUCGACUGAAGUAGAAGCUGUACACCUCAGUUAUGCUUUCUAUGUGCCAACAUUACAACUCCAUCCAACAAGUAUCUCGCCCCACAACAAAAAACAAUCGAUAGGUAUCGGCUCUGCUGUAGAAAAACAAUUGUGGUCCUCCAUAUCUCUAACUCCAACUAAGCCUUGUGUUUGUCGAUGCUUUCAGUCAGUGCAAGUCGCAGAGCAUUGACUUCUGCUGGUGUUUUCUCUAGAAGUACUGUAGUGCGACAACCAGCAAUACGAUUGGUAAGGCAAUUCUCCAAGAAAGAUUCGUUAUCCUUGCCUCGAUCAUUUACGACAAAUUUUUCCGCUAAAGUAAAAACUACACCGAUUCAUCGUAGAAACUACACGCUCAGCAUUCCACCUCGUUAUCACACAUUAUUAGCCUCACGAUCCUUCCUUACCACUACCAGAGCCCCUGUUCUGACCAACAAGAUGGCUCCCGCUGCACCCGAAGACGGCGCGGAAACCGCCGCUCUGCCGAGUUCUUUCACCGAGGAGGAAAUGAAGGAGGAUCCCUACCUCUACCUCGAAGAGGUGGAAUCGGAAAAAGCGCUGAAUUGGGUGAUAUGCAUUGCAAAUAUGUUUGGGUCGGGAAGAAUGCGUGUUCGUCAUGCUUGUCUGGCAUGAUUCGAGAAUCUGUGUUGCAUAGACACGAAAAGGCCCUCUUACCUGUCAUGCAAAAACGAAGUUUGCCAUGCGGAAUACGUAAGUCAUGGCAGCCAAAAAAUUUGUCGUGCAUAGCUGCGUAUUGCAGUGCGUCUAUCAUUCACUUUUAGCAUUACAAGUUUACAGACCCAGACAUGUUUGCACUUGAUAGGUGAAAGAGCAGAACAAAAUCACUUUGGACAAGGUGGUUUCCAUAUCAAAUGUAAAAAUGUCUGGGUCUGGAAGAAUGCAAGUUGUGAUGCUGCAUUUGGAUUCCAAAAAAAUCUGUAUUGCAUGAGCAGCAAAGGGAAUGCAAUUUUUUCUACGCGGAGAGGGAAUUUGUCAUGCGGAAUAGGCAUCGCGAAGCCCUCAAAAAAUCUGUGAUGCUAGGGCAUGCAUCACAGACAUCAUGGCCAAUGCAAAACAUGCAUGACAAGUCUCAGAAUCUUCCAGACCCAGACAUUUUUACAUUUGAUAUUCCAAAACUGCUGCUGCUUCAAGCAACAAGUACACCAAAAUCGUGAUUGAGGACACGGAAGAAUACAAGCGGUCCCUGCAGAUCCUCGACUCCAAGGACAAAAUAGCCCACGUGCGGAAAAUUGGCUCGUAUUACUACAACUUCUGGCGCGACGAGAAACAUGUGAAAGGGAUCUGGCGGCGGACGAGUUUUUCUGAAUACGGGGGCAUAUGGAUUGCAAAUAUGUCUGGGUCUGGAAACUUGUGAUGCUAAAAUGUGCAUGAUGAAAACACUUCCGAAUGCAGUCCGGCACGACAACUUCCCAAAACGCUUUUUCAUAGGCAAUCCACAUGAGAAACUGCGUUUUUGCAUGACAAAAGAGGCUGCGACUUUUGUUAAUUAUGCAAUACAGAUUUUCUAGGUAUGGAAAGCUAGCAUUACAAGUUGCAACCUUCCAGACCCAGACAUUUUUACAAUCCAUAGGGCAAGCAGGACCCGGAAAGCGUCGAGUGGGAAACGGUGCUGGAUUUGGACGAGCUCAGCAAGAAGGAAGACAAGUCCUGGGUGUGGUCGGGGUACAGUUUGCUGCCGGAAUUGGGGUUGAUGGAACAAGAUUCUGGUAGUACCACUGAAGUAGAGAAUGCUGAGCAAAAACGUCCCCACCCCAUAGUCAAGAUGGAGAUUUUGCAACACAAACCUAGAAGUUUUGCGAGUCACGCAUGACAAGUUGCAGGCUGUAUUGUAGUGCAGUCUAGCAAGGAUAUCCGCAUAACAAAUCCAUUUCCUCAUCCUGUUUACAGCAUUACAAGUUCCAAAACACGACAGAAAGUGCCUCACUUGGGGAUGCGCAUCACAAAUGCCCCUGUACUUGCUAAUCUGCAUGACAACUAUAGAGUGGGGACGUUUUUGCUUAGGAUAUAGAGAAAAAAGACGUCAUCGCGCUGCUCAAGCUCUCCCCCGGCGGGUCUGACGCGGUGGUUGUUCGGGAGUUUUCCCUGACAAAAAAGCAAUUUUUGUCCGAAGACAAAACACGAGACAGCGCGUUCACGGUGGAAGAGAACAAAACGCAGAUCUCCUACCUGGACCGCGACACGGUUUAUCAACUGUAAAAAUGUCUGGGUCUGGAAGAAUACAACUUGUCAUGCUAAAUCUGAAUGAUGCAAAAAUCUGUGUUGCGUGAGUACCAAAAGCUGUCCACUGUUGACCAAGUUGAGAGGGAGUUUCUCAUGCAGGAGAGGCAUGAUAGAGACCUCAGAGAAUCUGUCAUGCUAGGUCCUGCAUUCCAGACCUCAUGGGUCAUGGAAAAGCUGCAUGACAAGUCGCGCAUUCUUCCAGACCCAGACAUUUUUACACUUGAUACGGUUUUUCUCGGCACGAAGUUUGAAAACGAGGAGUUCAACGGGCUAACCGACUCGUAUAGCGUUCUCAACUGUUACAUUCUCAACUGUUACAUGGAUUUGUGAUGCAAGAAUGGCAAAAGUCAAAGUAGGGAGGUUGCACCUGUAGCAUUCCAAAUUCCGCACAGAUGUAGGUGCUGUUUAGCCUUUCCAAAAUUUGUCAUGCAGAGUAGCUUUAUCUUGUGAAUAUUGAUGUUUGUUUUGCAUUACAAAUCAUGUAACAGUUGAGAAUGUAACAGUUGAGAGCGCCAUAACUCGGGAUACCCCAGGAUGGUGAAAAUUUGGGCCCGGGGGAAAGAGAAAACGCAGUUAAAAACGAUUUUCGACGGGAAUAAACAGGAUGUCGCGUCCGGCGGCCACGCGUAUAGCUGGACACGGGUGGAUGAGAAAACGCAGAAGAAAAUCACGACCAUCUACGAUUCCAUCGGCCAGUCGAAAACGUUUUACACCCGCGACCACUACAUCAAAAAUGGGUAUUGGGAAUUCGUCUACGACGAGAAUAAUUCUUCAUCCAACGCAGAUGUUACCCUUUCUUCCAUCCGUAACACAGAUUUGACCGAUACAUCUGUUUGCAAGAAAUUCUACCCGGACACGGAACCCGAUAAGCUGAUCCGAUUGUCUGGCGUUCCCGACUCCGCGGACGUUUCUGUUUACCAGGACUACGCGGUGAUUUCUCUGAGGAAAGAUUGGGGAGAUAGUACAGACAAGGAAAACGCGGACUUCUUCUACCCGGGGGGAUCGCUUCUUGUCGUACCGUUGAAAAAGUUGAUCGAUGUCGCCGGGGAGGUUUUGCCGACGUUCAAAGCGGACUCGCUUCCCGAAGUGACCGAGGAGAAUGAUUAUUACAAAGAGAACUUUGUGAACAACGGGAAGACUUUACAGCUCCGGAAGAUGUGCAAAAUGCUGUUCAAGGGGGGAGUCGAGGGCGAAGCGCUGCAGGACACGUGCGAAACCAAGGACUACUUGAUCAUCCACAAGACCGUGAAUUUGAAGCCGGAGCUGGAAUUUUGGAAGAAAGGAAAUAAUGACGGAACACCGAGCGGAGAUUGGGUUUUGGACACCAGUGAAAAGACGAACUUUUUGAAGACCACAGGCGGAGCUGGGAAACAUGACGCCGCGGACGAGAACAUUUUUGAGUCGAUUUCGCUCCGUUCGGUUGAUUGGGACAUGAGUUCGGAUGAUCUCUGGUUUACCUCCGAGUCCUUUUCCCGACCGGAACAGCUUUUUUACAUUGACACCAAAUCUACCACAACCUCCUAUGGCGUUCUCAAACGUUACAUUCUCAACUGUUACAUGGAUUUGUAAUGCAGGAACAGCAACAAUCAAAGUGGCAAGACUGGAGCUUUCGCAUUACAGACUUUCCACAGAUUAUCAUGCUAUUUAGCCCUUCGAAAAUUUGUCAUGCUAAGCACCUUGAGCAAGUGGAGGGCAAUGGCAAUUUUGCAUGACAAAUUCAUGUAACAGUUGAGAAUGUAACGUUUGAGAACUCCAUACCUCCACCGCGGAAAAGAAACUGUUGAAGUCCGCCCCGAAAUUCUUCGACGACGAUAAAGUCACGACGAGCCAUAUGGGAGUGUCAGAAUCGAAAUUGACAAAAUCGGAAAACUUGUGAUGCGCAAAAUCGAUGCCAGUUAGACCCACAGUUUGUAGUCGGCGCAUGACAAAUUCUCCUCGUCCUGGAAGCGAGUCUGUCAUGCGGUUUAAGGCAAAAGAGCUGCCUUCUGUCAUGCUAGUCAGCAGCCCAACACUUAACCCUUAAGUACCAGGACUACAAUCCGCCUUCCUUGCAUCCUCUGCAAUAGAGUCGCUUUUUGCGUAGCAUUUUGUGCAUUACAGAUCAUUGCGAUUUUGUCGAUUUCGAUCCUGACACUCCCAUAAGCCAAAGAUGGGUCGUGUCGAAAGACGGCACCCGGGUGCCCUACUUUCUCGUCGGGAAAGACUUGACUAGUUCCUCCAAAAGCACCAAACCGCGCCCCACCUGUCUCUACGGCUAUGGGGGGUUCGAGAUAUCCCUAACGCCCAGCUACAUGGCGAUCGCGGGUCAGCAGUGGAUUGAGAAGGGAGGAAUUUUUGCGCUGGCGAAUAUCCGCGGUGGCGGGGAAUUUGGGCCGCAGUGGCACCUAUCCUCUGCAAAAGUAUCGUACUCGUAGUAAUUGUAUGUAGUGAGGUCACCGAACGGUUCUAACCGGGGAGUUUUUUUGCCACCUACCGUGAAAAACGACCGGCAGUUUUCAAGCGGCCGGAAGCGUUUUUUGACAUAAAAGAUUUUCAAUUAUCAAGCCUCCGGGGCUUUGAAGUCAAACAAGCCCGGUCGAAAACUAUCGAUUCGCACUGGAUAAAACGACGCAGGGAAGCCGGCAAAAGGGGCGCCGUUCCGAGGCGCCCGCCGCCUUGGUUUCUGGCGAUUUGGGGCGCCCAAAAAGGGGCGCGCAAAAAACGCGCCCAAAAUCAGAACAGCGAAACAGCAUGGCACGGCCGCGAUUUCGGAGCAUCUUGGGCGGCCGCGAAAGCGGCCGCCUUUUCGCCGGUUUUAGAGCCUGGGAAGCUUUGCAAAAAGCGCCGGCGUGAAAAAUAAAAACGCGAAAAAUAAAAAACGCCCCAGACGCGCAAACCCAAUCCGCAUGCUAUGGGCCCGGUUUUUCUUCGCUUUUUGGGCGCCCCCCGUGGCACCCGGAUCGGCCCCAUAGCAUCGGGGCUGGCUUUCGGAAAGGAAUUUGGGAAAUGUGCCAAAAUUUGUGAUGUUUCCCAAGUGGCCGCCAUACCGUGCGGCAUAACGUUACUCACGGCGGUAUGGCGAGCCCAGAAAAAACAAAGGCGUGGCCAAGGCGGCGGUCGGCAAAAAAACGCCCACGACCUCACUACCCCCGCCCCGGCGGCUAUAUUUGGUAAGUGCAGCCAUGCAUGACAAAUGAUCCAGCUUUCUACCCGAACACGCAUGACAAAUUCUUUUUCCGAUAAAUGUGUAAUGCGAUUUUCUCUUAUCAUGAUACUUUUGCAAUGCAUAGCACCAAGCCGCGUUGAAGGAAAACCGACCGAAGGCAUACGAAGAUUUCGAGGCGUGCGGAAUGGACUUAAUUUCCAGCGGAGUCACGACCAAGGAGAUGCUCGGUACUUAGUUUCGUACGGCGCUCCGUUCCUGCUCGUGCAGUAUCUCCUAGUUGUACACAGAUCUCUUUUCAUGUCAUGCAGUGUCAGCAACAGCAUGGUAAGAAAAGCAAACAAAUAUGAUGAUGAUGUCUUUCAGAUGUAUUACUCAAUCGAACGGCCACCAACCCACCCCCAACGCCCUCACAGGUUGCAUGGGCGGUUCCAACGGCGGGCUUUUAACCGGCAACAUCUUCGUUCGCGGGGCCCAAAAACCCGAAUUGAUCUUCAGCGCCAUUGUGUCCCAGUGCCCGCUACUCGACAUGAAGCGGUUUCACAAACUCCUAGCCGGCGCGAGUUGGAUGGCGGAGUACGGGAAUCCGGACUUGGGCGAGUAUGAGAAAUUCAUCAAAAAUUUAUGCACUGCAAAAGUAUCGUAGUAGUAUAAAUCGCAUGACAGAUUUCCUCAGCAUGAGAAAUGGAAUUUCUAAUGCGCAUCUGGCUCGAGAAUGAAAUUUGUAAUGCAUGAAUGCGAUUAGUACGAGUGCGAUACUUUUGCACAGGAUAAAACUACUCCCCGUACCAAAUGAUCGAAGCAAUGGAAAAAGCAAAAACCCAUUCCUAUGCAAGAAAAAAACUGUGUGAGUGUAGGUGUCUUGGAGUUGUGACAGCAUGACAAAUUUGCUCUGCAUGACAGAGAAAACCUGUCAUGCAAACCGCAAAACAAACACAUAACAAAAACAGGACUUCAUGGCUGGCCAGGAUGACAGGUGUAUCUGUGUUGCAUGCUUUGCAUUGCAGACUUGCAGCUACAGAGUUUUUUUCUUGGAUAACUCCGCGAUCCUCUUCACCACGUCCACCAAAGACGACCGCGUGCACCCGGGCCACGCGCGAAAGAUGGUAUCAUUUGUAAAAACGUCCCCACCCCAGAGUUGUCAUGCAACUGUGCAAUGACAGCAACAUUUGUAAUGCGCAGCUCCAUGAGAGGCAUUUCCAAUCGUGCUUUGGAAUUUGUAAUGCUGUACACAGGAUGAGAAAGUGGCUUUCUAAUGCGCCUUCCCUUGCCAACCAGCACUACAUACACUGCAGAGGGAAGCUUGUCAUGCACAGCUCCCAAAACUUGGUGACUUGUGUUGCUAGCUUUCCAACUUGACUAUGGGGUGGGGACGUUUUUGCUUAGGAUAGAUGGUGAAACGGAUCCAGGACAUGCUGGAGCUCCCGAAUGAAGGGGCCGCCGACAUUGUCCGCUACUACGAAAACAUCGAGGGCGGCCACGCGGGGGCGGCGGACAACAAGCAAAGAGCGUUCAUGAAAACCCUGGAGUGGCUGUUUCUGUGGGAAAAACUUUCUGGCGGUCGUGGGGGAAAGGGCGGUAGUCGUAGUGUGUCGCCGUCGAAGAAGUCGCGCGGGUGCUGCGUGCCGGGGCCUAGUGACUCGUCUCCGCGGGAAGAAAACUCCUGCUUGUAAACAGCAGUUCUCGGAGGUGCGUGGUUGUACACGAGCUGAUAUCUUCUCCAAUGUCGUGUCGGUUUAGGUCGAGACGACGACGCGAAUAGGUUUUCUGUAGUUUCGAGAAAUAAACGAAUUUUUCAUGAUGCUAGCGAAGCAUCUAGUUGAAACUUGUCGUCGAUAUGCGUCUUUUUCGCCUACAUGCGGUUCUUUUUCUACGACCUGUCAUGGAGUUUUUCAAUUUCGAAUCUACAAGUGAGCGGUUGAUGUUGAUGUAAAUGAUUUUCAGCAGAAUGAUAUCAAGGUGUCACGAGUGCGUCUACAGCAGGGUCGCCUUUUCUACAAGGUCGAGUAUAAUCAAAGUGCAGUGCUCGGCACAGGACGUAUGUCUCAUCUCCUCGUGUAUUUGCUGAAUGUACUCCAAAGAUUUUUCGUCAGCUCAGCGGCAAAGUCGGUAGUAAAAUAUGCUCUCAUGCUACGGA